AUGGGCCAGAGGCACAAUCGACGCCGCACUCGUCCUCGUUCAUCACCCUCUUCAAACAUCAGUCUAGACUACCUCAGUCCAUCUAUCUCGCCUGCGACCAGCUAUUCGACUGCAUGCAUUCAACGUGGAACUCCGCUCCCAAUACCUGCCCCAACCUGGCAUUAUGGGUAUUCAGCAUGGCAGAUCCGUGAAACAAAACCGCAGCUGCAAUUUGGUGGACUCGAGGAUGAACAGUAUCGUCUUUUCGGUGGUGAACCAGGCGACGACGUGACCCUUUGUUAUCGGAUGCUGGAAUAUUUUGGUGGUCUCGACUACAUCCACCCAGCACGACAAAGAACCCUCGGAGAUUGA